AUGGCCGUGGUUCAGUUUGGAAGCGAGGACGAGUCGGUUGUGUCCAAGCCGGCGAGGCGGAUGCGAUGGGCCACGCAACGUCGUCCUGGCAUUCAUGGCUCGAAAAAGCGAACGUCGAUAAUCGACAAACUUCACCAGAGGAAGACAUCCAAGGAUGGGAAGCGAGAAUCGAAUACCAGUAGCCUUCCCAACGGCAGUGCGCCUUCGAAAGGGUCGGACGAUGCUGAAAGCCGUUUGAUAUACGUCAACGUGCAGCCUCCACCGCACACACGAGACGAAAACGGCAACUCGAAGGUUGAUUUUGGUCGCAACAAGAUCCGUACGGCCAAGUACACCCCUCUCAGUUUCUUGCCGAAGAAUAUGUGGUACCAGUUCCAUAGCUUUGCGAACAUUUACUUCCUGUUCAUAAUACUGCUGAGCGCGACCGCGCGAGCCAUGAAACGAGCAGGGAAGUGGUUCAAGCGUACGAGAAACGGCGAGAAAGCUGAGCCCAAAGAAGAAGCUCCGGACACCCCACGCGUUUCGAUAGCUACCCAGAGGCCAGACAUCCGCACUUCGUCACACUCCUACCGCCCUUCCUUCCAGGGCGUCAAGUCGAUAGAAGGCGAAGAAGCAAUCCAGAUGACCCCUCUUCCAUACCCUGCCGGACUCAACGGCCACUCGGACUCCGGCGAGCUUGAGCCCAGAUCUCGUCCCAGACCGACCUCGAAUUUACCACCUGCCAAAUUCUACGGUAGUCUAGUCAACCACUCGGCGCAGACACCCGGGAAAGCCCGAUUCAAGCGCGAUUAUUGGAAGAACGUGCAGGUUGGCGACUUCAUUCGUAUAUAUAAUGGAGCACAGAUUCCUGCCGAUGUCGUUAUCUUGUCUACUUCUGACCCGGAUGGCGGAUGCUACGUCGAGACCAAGAAUCUUGACGGAGAAACAAACCUGAAAGUACGACAGGCUCUCCACUGUGGACGCGCUGUGAAACACGCAAGGGACUGUGAAGGAGCGGAGUUCGUUAUCGAAAGCGAACCACCGCAUCCAAACCUUUACCAGUAUAGUGGUGUUAUGAAAUGGACCCAGUCUGAUCCCAAUUUUCCGGAACCGGCGGAGAAAGAAAUGGUAGAGGCGAUUACUAUCAACAACGUCCUGCUCCGUGGAUGCAACCUACGAAAUACCGAAUGGGUCCUCGCAGUUGUUAUCUUUACCGGCCUACAAACGAAAAUCAUGCUCAAUACUGGCUCGAGCCCGAGAAAAACUCCUAGAUUAGCAAAGGACCUUAGCUGGAAUAUUAUAUAUAACUUCGCUAUCCUUUUCGCUAUAUGUCUUACCUCGGGUAUUGUUCAAGGAGUAAUAUGGGCCCAAGACAACAACUCUCUAGACUACUUCGAGUUCGGAUCGUAUGGCGGCAAACCCGCGGUAGAUGGAAUUAUCACGUUCUGGGUAGCUCUUAUCCUGUACCAGAAUCUUGUCCCUAUCUCCCUGUUCGUGUCACUUGAGAUCAUCCAUAUGGCCCAGGCCGUCUUGAUCCACUCGGACACAUUCAUGUACUACGAGAAGCUUGAGUAUCCGUGCACGCCUAAAUCGUGGAACAUCUCAGAUGACCUUGGUCAGAUUGAGUAUAUCUUCUCUGAUAAAACCGGUACAUUGACGCAGAAUAUCAUGGAGUUUAAGAAAUGUACCGUCAAUGGCGUCGCGUAUGGUGAAGCUUACACUGAAGCUCAAGCUGGUAUGCAGCGACGAGAAGGAAUCAACGUUGAAGAGGUUGGCAAAAAGGCCAAAGAGGAUAUCUCUCACGCUCGCGAAAAAAUGCUGAAGCAACUAAGAGAGAUCCACGACAAUCCAUACCUCCACGACGACGAACUGACUUUUGUCGCCCCACAGUACGUCUCCGAUCUUACGGGUGCCUCUGGGGAAGAGCAGAAGAAGGCGACGGAAGAUUUUAUGAUUGCCCUUGCUCUAUGCCAUACUGUUAUCACAGAACGUACUCCCGGCGAUCCACCACGUAUUGAUUUCAAAGCACAGUCUCCCGAUGAGGCCGCUCUUGUCGCUACAGCGCGAGAUUGUGGCUUCACCGUUCUUGGACGGGCUGGCGACGAUAUUCGUCUGAAUAUUAUGGGUGAGGAGCGUCGUUAUACGGUCCUAAAUACGUUAGAGUUCAACUCUACCCGAAAGAGAAUGAGCGCUAUUAUUAGAAUGCCCGAUGGAAAAAUUACCUUGUUUUGCAAGGGAGCUGAUAGUAUUAUCUACUCUCGCCUUUCUCGAGGCAAACAGCCAGAACUACGGAAGUCUACUGCCGCUCAAUUAGAAGUAUUUGCAAGAGAGGGUCUCCGAACUCUUUGUGUUGGACUCCGUACUCUUUCCGAAGAAGAAUACCAGACCUGGGCCAAAAUUUAUGAAGAGGCUGCGCAGGCUAUGAUCGACCGUGAUAACAAGCUCGAAGAAGCUGCAAGCGCUAUCGAACAGAACCUUACACUUAUAGGUGGCACAGCUAUUGAAGACAGACUGCAGGACGGUGUUCCGGAUACAAUCUCCCUGUUAGGCGCCGCUGGUAUUAAGCUGUGGGUUCUUACUGGAGACAAAGUUGAAACCGCCAUCAACAUUGGAUUCUCAUGUAAUCUACUAACACCCGAUAUGGAACUAAUCGUCUUCAAUAUCGACAACGAAGAUAUCGACGCGGCAACUAUCGAGCUGGAUAGGAAUCUCGCCGCAUUCAAUCUCACCGGAUCUGACGAAGAACUUAUAGCAGCUCAAAGCAAUCACGAACCCCCAAGCCCAACUCACGCGCUCGUUAUUGAUGGCGAGACGCUUAAAUUAAUGAUUAGCGAUCAACUAAAACAGAAAUUCCUCCUACUCUGUAAGCAAUGCCGAUCCGUUAUAUGCUGCCGAGUCAGCCCUGCUCAAAAGGCAGCCGUCGUCAAAAUGGUCAAGGAUGGUCUUAAGGUCAUGGCACUAUCAGUCGGCGAUGGAGCUAAUGAUGUUGCUAUGAUUCAAGAGGCUGAUAUUGGUGUUGGUAUUGCUGGUGAAGAAGGUCGACAGGCUGUUAUGUCGUCGGAUUAUGCUAUUGGGCAGUUCCGAUAUCUGCAGCGUUUGAUUCUAGUGCAUGGACGCUGGUCGUAUCGCCGUAUUGCGGAGAUGCUUUCGAACUUUUUCUAUAAGAAUCUUGUUUGGAUCUUCUCGCUCUUCUGGUACUCCAUCUACAACAACUUCGAUGGUUCAUACCUCUUCGAAUCUACAUAUAUCAUUUUGGUCAAUCUUGCCUUUACCUCCCUCCCAGUCAUUAUUAUGGGCAUAUUGGACCAGGAUGUUGAUGAUAAAGUAUCUCUUGCUGUCCCGCAGCUCUACAAGAGAGGUAUUGAGCAGAAGGACUGGAGUCGCAAGAAAUUUUGGAUAUUCAGCGCUGACUCUCGCAGGCUAUACAUGUUGGACGGAUUCUAUCAGUCCGUGAUCUGUUUCUUCAUGACAUAUCUUACCUUCCGCCCAGCCCAGAGCGUCACCGAAAACGGAUUGGACCUCGCCGAUCGUACUCGUAUGGGUAUCUUCGUUGCGUGCUACGCUGUUAUAUCCAGUAACACCUACGUUUUAUUAAAUACUUACCGUUGGGAUUGGUUUACGGUCCUUAUCAGCCUCGUCAGCUCACUUUUGAUCUUUUUUUGGACCGGCGUGUACUCAGCCACUACCUCGUCCGGUCAAUUCUACCAAGCUGGUGCUGAGGUGUUUGGCAACAUUACCUUUUGGGCGCUGUUAUUACUGACCGUCGUUGCGUGUCUUGGACCCCGGUUCACCUUCAAAUCGAUACAGAAAAUAUAUUUCCCUCGUGACGUCGACAUCGUCCGGGAGCAGGUGGUUCGCGGAGACUUCAAGUAUCUCGAAAAAUACGAAGCCUACGUCCCACUGUCUCACUCGAUGAACGCAAUUGCUCCAAGCGGUGACAAGUCCACUGCCCAGCCAGCUCCCAAACGAGAUCCAAAUCAACCUGACGACGAACGUCCAAUCUACCCUCCCUCAGUCGCUGCAACCGCCACAACCCACAACCCACGGAGCCAAAAUGGCAGCGAUACGACAGCGUACACUUCAAGCCUGGAGCUCCAACCUCCACCUCCAAUACAACCUCCAGACCGUGUUCGUCCCUCGUUUGAAAGAUGUCGAUCCUCAGUUGGCCGAGUGCGGUCGAGUUUUGAAGCCAGUCGUGACUUUACAUCCGCGGCAAUGUUAGCCCGAAUCGAAUCCAGUCAUGCCAGAGACCAGAGCGGUCAUCCUGCAAUUCAGGAACAUUAG